GAUGUUUGUCACCACGCUCAACCUACUGGAAUCGUCGCUCCAGAAGGUACCACUUACACUACUGAAUACGGUACUGUUGUAGUCACCGUUACAUGUACCGAAGAUGUUUGCCAUCAAAGCAUCCCAGCAACCACUGUUGCUUCAGUUGUUACAUCUAGUGUUCCAGUUGUUUCUUCUGUGCCUACUAUCUAUUAUACUCAAGGCCCUGGUAAUGUUUCCAACGAAACUAUUCCAGUCUACGAAGGUAUGGCCCCUUCCUCUAAGAUGGUUCCAUUCUUAGCUGUUAUUGCGGCCAUCGCCUUUACAUUGAUUUGA